AUGGGGACCUCUAUUUUAUUUCAAAUCAGGACUCAAAGAGGAGUUUUUUGCAUGCUUCUGCUCCUCUUGCUCUGCUGCUUUGGUGGGAAAUGUGAGCCUCAGGAAUCAAAACCUUCAACGCUGACCAACUUUCCAACUGUCAAACCUCUCCACAAUCAAAUCAAUGAACCUCAGGCCUUCCCCGAAGAGGAGAGGGCCAGCCUUCCUGUGUUUUCUAUGGACUACCCUCGGAUUCAGGUCCCCUUUGAGUUUACUCUAUGGGUACUGCUGGCCUCCUUUGCCAAAAUUGGUUUCCACAUUUAUCACAAAAUCACCAUCUGGAUCCCGGAGUCCUGCCUCCUGAUUGCCAUCGGCCUCAUCGUCGGCGCCAUCAUGCACUCAGUCAAAGAGGAGCCCCCCGCUGUGCUCAGCUCCAAUGUCUUCUUCCUCUACAUGCUCCCACCCAUCGUCCUCGAGAGCGGCUACUUCAUGCCCACAAGGCCAUUCUUCGAAAACGUUGGCACGGUGCUGUGGUACGCCGUGGUGGGAACUCUGUGGAACAGCAUCGGCAUUGGGCUUUCUCUGUUCGCCAUCUGCCAGUUUGAGGUGUUUGGAGUUCAAGAUAUCAACCUGCAGGAGAACUUGCUGUUUGCCUCCAUCAUCUCGGCCGUGGACCCAGUGGCUGCUCUGAAUGUGUUUGACGACAUCGGAGUCAAUGAGCAGAUAUAUAUAGUCAUAUUUGGAGAGGGACUGUUCAACGAUGCUGUCACUGUGGUACUUUACAGCAUGUUUGCCUUUUUGGCAGACCUGCCCAUUGUUAAUUCCAGCGAUGUGUUUCUGGGAGUGGCCAGGUUCUUCGUGGUGGGCGUCGGUGGCGUCCUCUUUGGCCUUCUGUUUGGAUUCGUGGCUGCGUUCACCACACGUUUCACCCACAACGUCCGUCAGAUCGAGCCCCUCUUCGUCUUCAUGUACAGCUACCUGGCGUACCUGGUGGCUGAGCUGUUUGCCAUCUCCAGCGUCUUGGCCAUUAUAACAUGUGCGUUAACCAUGAAGUACUACGUAGAAGAGAAUGUAUCUCAGAGAUCCUGCACAACCAUUCGCCAUGUUGUGAAGAUGAUGGCCACCAUCUCCGAAACCCUCAUCUUCUUCUUCCUGGGUGUUGUCACAAUAACAACCGAACAUGAGUGGAAUUGGGCCUACAUCCUGUUUACGCUGCUCUUUGCCUUCAUCUGGAGAGGACUUGGCAUCCUGGUGUUGACCCAGAUCAUCAACCCGUUCCGUACCAUCCAGUUCACUUUCAAGGACCAGUUUGGACUCGCCUACGGAGGCCUGCGAGGGGCAAUCUGCUUCGCCCUGGUCUUCACCUUGCCCGAAAACAUCAACAGAAGGAACCUGUUUGUCACGGCUUCAAUCGCCAUCAUUAUAUUCACUGUUUUCAUACAGGGCAUCAGCAUCCGUCCCAUACUAGAGUAUUUAAACAUCAGGAGGACCAACAAAAACCUGAACACCAUCAACGUAGAGAUUCACACCAGGGUGAUGGAGCAUGUUGUUUGUGGUAUUGAGGACCUGUGUGGACAGUGGAGUCACUAUUACUGGAAAGACAAGUUUAAGAAGUUCAACGAUCGUGUUUUGAGGCGUAUCCUGCUUCGAGACAACAGGGCUGAGUCCAGUAUUGUGUCUCUGUAUAAGAAACUGGAGCUGCAGAAUGCCAUUGAUCUACUGGAAUCCCCUGUGGGAGACCUCAGUGCAGCGCCAUCUAUUGUUUCUCUGCAUGAUGAGAAGAAGGAGGCAUCUCGACCGAAGAAGAAGUUCCUUGCUGCUGACGUGAUGAAAAUGCACGACAUCCUGUCAAAGAACAUGUACAAGAUCCGACAGAAGACGAUGGCAUACACCAACAAAUAUAAUCUACCCGACGACAGCCGAACCAGGGAGAUUCUGAUUCGCCGCCACGCGAGCAUCAGGCGCAGCCUGCGUGUUGCGAGUUUCCGUGAGAUGCCAGCACAAGACAUCCCCAGGUCUCAGAGGUACUACUCCCUCCAGCCUGGUGGAGAGCUGGAGUCUGCCUUUUCCCUCAGAAGACGAAGUCACGGUGGUUGUGAGGUGGACCAUCUCUCAGCUCGUCUUCAGUCCUCUGGGGUGUCGCCCCGCUCCUCGUCCCGCUCUCUCGUCCCCAUGAGGAGGCUGAACACCAUUAAGGAGUCCGGAAGUGCAGGGCAGCAGCCAGCCGCUUCCGCCCAUCCAAGCUCUCCAUCUGCUGGAGUACACAUUUCGGACGAGAGGGGUCCUGCAAGUCCUGCGGGUUCCAGCUUCAGAGCCAGGAGAGCACCAGUUCCCGCACCCAGGAGACGUAGUUCAGAACGGGCGGAGGGAGAUGAAGACCCCGCUGACCCUGCACUUCCAGGAGGAGGGGCGGAACCAGUGCGUCCUGCCCAGCUACCACCACCUCGUGGCUGGGUGCCCGAGAACCGGGAUCCCAGAGAAAACGGGACAGGAAAUCCCUUACUUAGACACUCGUCACAGGCGUCUCGAGGCUCAGGGAGAUCGUGA